AUGUUUCUUUUCCUCUUGAAUGCCCUAGGUUUGUGCACAAAUGGUGCAUCACCCACUUCCAAGCCAGUAAACGAACAUACUCUUUGGAUAGCUGUUGGCAUAACUUUGCUAGUUGUCCUUUUAAUUAUUGUCUUAAUUGUUAUUUACUAUUGCUACUGCAGAAAAACAAACGAUACAGAGGAGAAAAAUGUUAAUUCAUCUCCAUUACUUGAGAGCGAAGAGCUUCAGUCCAAUGUUACUGCUCGAGAAGUAUUUAUUGAUGUUACAGCUCCACCACUUUCACCAGACCCAGCUCCAAUCCCAAUACAGCCAGUUGUUUUAGAACAAAAACCAGCUCCAGCUCCUCAAAAUGUCCCAGCUUCUGAAGAGCCAAAGAAGAAGAAGAAAAAGAGGAAAGAAAAGAAAUUACCUCCACCUCCAUCACCAGAUCCAAGUCUUCAAAACGAAGACGAUCAGAAGUUUGAUUCUGGCGAAGGUGUUGAUGUUUAUUCAAGUGAUGUAGUUUAUUCCUACUACUCCGAUGAAGCAUGA